GUGCAUCUCUCCAAAGCCUCAUGAAUAUUCUCUCUAUCACUUAUUCAUGGGCUCGGUUCAUGCGCAUUCACAGUAAUAACACCAUUGGACAGCAGCUGGUACAUCAUGAUGCAAAAGAGGGAUUCUCCCAGGAUCUGAAGGAAUUGUUUGAUCCUCAAACGCGCGUCGGCAAGGAAAACAUUGUGAUCUUGUAGGAUUUUUCUUUCCAUUUUCUCGUGCACUUUCAUUUUCACUGUUGUUGUUUUUUUUAAAUUCUUUUAUGCCGACCCACACACAUAAAAAAAUUGUUUUGUUAUUAAAAUCUGCAUGCAACUAACAGGAAAUCUGAGCCCAUUAUAGCAGAACGAAUCGCCUGGAUGAGCGCCUGACAGACUGAGACUCAGACAUUCAUCACACGGACACAAGUGAAGGAGUCGAGCGGCAGAGCAGCUCUGAUCACCCGCGCAAACCCACACACACAUACACACACCCGCGCAGGAUGGGAUAUGCGAACAGGAGCAUAAGAGCAUACACUUUUCUGUUGUGGGUCGCAGCGGUCCUGCUGUUUGCGGAGAGCAGAAGAGGCAAACAGCCGAGAUGCCCCUCUGGAUGCACGUGCACCAAAGAUAACGCCUUGUGUGAAAAUGUGAGAUCUGUGCCUCACAGCUUCCCUCCAGACGUCAUCUCACUCUCGUUUGUGAAGUCUGGAUUCAGUGAGAUUGCAGGGGGAAGUUUUCUCCACACGCCGUCCCUUCAGCUUCUAUUGUUUACAGCCAAUUCUUUUGACUUGAUUGAUGAAGAUGCCUUCCAAGGGCUGCCACAUCUGGAAUAUCUAUUUAUUGAAAACAACAAAAUAGAGUCCAUUUCUCCCCAUGCCUUUAGAGGAUUGAAAUCCCUCAUUCACCUGAGUCUCGCCUACAAUAAUCUCGAGACGUUGCCCAGAGAUAUAUUCAAAGGAAUGGAUGCCUUAACAAAAGUGGAUCUCAGAGGAAACUUGUUCAGUUGUGACUGUAAGUUGAAGUGGUUGGUGGAAUGGAUGUUCAGCACUAAUGCAACGGUGGAUCAGUUAUACUGCAGUGGGCCUUCACCCUAUCAAGGGAAGAAGAUAAAUGACCUCAUGCCUCAGUCCUUUGACUGCAUUACAGCAGAGUUUGCUUUAAAGAAAACCCUUGCAUUUGAGUCUAUAUCCGUGGAGGCCUUCUCCUAUGGGAACGAUCAGUAUGUGGUUUACGCUCAGCCUUUCACCGGAAGAUGCAACUUCAUGGAAUGGGACCACGUCAAUAUGGAGUUCAGAGAUCAUGAGAUCAUAUUAAGCACCUCCACGGUGGUGUGCAAGCCAAUGGUCAUCGAUGACCACCUCUUCAUCGUGGUCGCUCAACUGUUCGGUGGCUCUCACAUUUAUAAAAGAGACAGCUCAGCCAAUAAGUUCAUCAAAAUCCAGGACAUCGACAUCCUGAAAAUCAGAAAACCCAAUGACAUCGAGACUUUCCGUGUGGACGGCGAGUUUUACUUCGUGAUCGCGGACAGCUCCAAGGCCGGCUCUACUACGGUUUACAAGUGGAACGGCAAUGGCUUCUACUCGCACCAGUCUCUCCAUCCGUGGUACCGCGACACUGAUGUGGAGUACCUGGAAAUCGCAGGCAAACCCCACAUUAUUUUGUCCAGCAGCUCACAGCGGCCCGUCGUCUACCAGUGGAGCCGAAGCCAGAAGCAGUUCGACAGGCGGACGGACAUUCCCGAUAUGGAGGACGUCUAUGCGGUCAAACACUUCAAGGUGAAGGGGGAGCUGUUUAUCUGUCUGACACGCUUCAUCGGAGACUCCAAGGUGAUGAAGUGGGACGGCGCUAUGUUUAUAGAGAUACAGACAAUGCCUUCGCGGGGGUCCAUGGUCUUCCAGCCCGUCUCCAUCGGCAACUGGCAGUACGCCAUCCUCGGCAGCGACUACUCGCUAACGCAGGUCUAUCAGUGGGACGCCAAGAAGAGCCAGUUCGUACACUUCCAGGAGCUCAACGUCCAGGCGCCGAGAGCAUUUUCACUGGCCUCCAUUGACAACCGAGAGUUCCUGCUGGCGUCCAGCUUUAAAGGGAAGACGCAGAUUUACGAGCACUUGAUGAUCGACCUGAGCAGUUAGGGUGCAGAAAACAGACCCUGACACAGACGAAGCUACAGUUGAAGUCAGAAUUAGGAGCCCCCCUGUGUACUUUUUUCCCAAUUUCUGCUUAAUGGAAAGAAGAUUUUUGUUACACACAUUUCUAAACAUAAUAGUUUGAACUAAUAGUUUGAAGUGAUUGAUGACAGUAAACAAUAUUUGACUAGAUGUUUUUUAAGAUACUAGUAUUCAGCUUAAAGUGACAUUUAAAGGCUUAACUAGGUUAAUUAGGCACACUCAUAGAAAUAAAAGUAGGAGAGCUGUCACUACAGUGGUACCUUUUCAAAAGAUACACAUUUUUAUUCAAAAGGUCCAUAUUGGUACCUCAAAAGCAUACAUUUGUACCUAAAAUUUCUU